GGCUUGUUAUGAUUUGAAGGGAGUCUUUUUCUGACAAUUGUAUCACAUCAUGGCUUAUCCUAACUCUGGGGAAAGGCAUAGUACACUUUCACGACUAGUUGGACAUAUUUGUCGUCGUGGGGGAGAGGUAGGCUUGACUGAUCUGUUUCAUCAGACGAAACAGAAGCGAUGGAUCAAUAUCAACAAUAUUCAAAAUUUUCAGAGGUUCCUGAACGACCACCCGGAGAUUUUUCACAUUACGGUAGUUGGACCAACAGAUUCGCUGCUAGAUGCUAGAGGAGGUAGAGGCGGAGUACGCGGUGGGGCACGGGGUAGGGGACGAGGUGGCACGGCGCGAGGUGGGGCGCGACCUCGCACAGGUGAAAAUGCCAACAGAGACCAACUGGUGUCUGUGAAAACAAACCUCGCUGUAUGUGUAGGGUUUGCUUCAAAGAAAGGAUGUCAAGAUCCCCAAUGUAUAGAAAUGCAUGUAUGUAAGUUUUUCUUGCAAGGGACAUGCAAGCGUAAAGAGGAAGAUUGCAGAUACGGACACGAUAUCGGGACGGAUCACAAUCAGAGAGCUCUCAAUGCCCAUUGCCUUGGGCAACUAGGGUUAGAUGAGCUCAGGCGCGUCUUUGGGCACACUAGAAGCACUGUGGCCUAUCCCAAAUGGUGCAAGUUUUACAACGCUGGAGAUGGAUGCACACGGGAUAGAUGUGUAUUUCUGCAUAUUUGCAAGCACUACCUGAUGGAUGUCUGCAACUUCAAGAACAAUUGUAAGCGUUCACAUGAUAUCUACAGUCCUCAAUGCAAGACUGUCCUAGAAAAGAAUCAUAUAAAUAUUGAUAGAAACCCCAAGGAUGUUUUGAAACUUCUCCGGGAAGGUUUAGAAGGCUGCACGUUAUCGGAAGAGAUGGAUGAGUCAGGACCAUCCCAACCAGCAGCUGCAGCCAGUACACCCCGACGAAACUCAUCGACAUCAUCACUUCAGAAUAUGCGCUUGACUUCAGGCAAUGAACUGAGUGAUGGUGAAUUGAUAUGCGGCUAUCUUCUCCGAGGUAAAUGCUACUAUGGAAACGCAUGUCGAAGGCAACAUAAGAAUCAUCCAUUCCAAUGGCAGUUCAAGUUCAAAGGAGAUUGGCAGGAUUUCUCACAAAGUUCAAGUAUAGAGAUCAAUGACAAUUUCGCCAAACCAGAAACAGAUGUCUGCUAUACAACGACAUAUAUGGGCAACAGAGAGGAUAUCCUUGAGAUUAAUUUCUCAACCAUGUCAUUCAAAAGUAAAGCUGAUACCAUUGUCGGUGAUGUCCGGAGAUUGUCGACAGAAUCAUCGGUUGCUGGCUUAGAUUCGCAUAAACUGACGACAUUGUGGCAUUGGUACUGGUUGGAUGACAGUGGGACUUGGGUCAGAUAUGGGGAAAAGAAUGACAAAGGUAUGUCAUCCGACCUCACAGAAGACGAAAUUGAGAAACGUUACUUGGCUAACCCGAAUGAUGCAUUACGUUUCUCCACUGGUCAUCACAAAUAUGAUCUUAAAUUCACUCCGACUGGUAUAGGCAUGAAACAAAAGAAUGUCAACGAAGUAUACUUUACUGAAAGAGACGUCAAACGCCGACCUGAUGUUCGGAACAUUCCUGGGAAAAUUGCUAAGCAUAGUCAAGACACACCAAGGGGGUCGGGAGAGACUGCUUCCAACCAAGAUGAAGUUCCGUCUCAUUGGUCCCCAAGUACCACACAUGAUGAUGACUUCACCCUUGUAAAUCUAUCUUCAACAAGUGAUGAGUAUAAAAAGGUAGAGAAACACUUCAAAUUAACAAUGGCGGGAAGCACAAUCAACAAGAUAUCACGUGUGCAAAACUUGGAACUCUGGGAAAGUUUCAUCAGGAAAAGAAAAUGGAUGCAAAGGAAUGCCAGUAAAAAAGGCGACACUACUGUUGACGAACGUCUGCUAUUUCAUGGAACACAGUCCAAAUAUUUAGAGGCGAUAUCCCAACAAGGGUUUGACUGGCGAGUCAGUGGUUCAUCUGUUGGCACAGUGUAUGGAAAAGGUAGUUACUUCGCGCCCAAGGCAUCGUUCUCGGAUAGGUACACAAAUGACGGAUCGAUGUUUCUCGUAAAAGUGCUGGUUGGAAAGUAUACAAAGGGGAACUCGUCCUUUGUGAAACCGCCGCCACGAGAUCCUCAAAAACCGUUUGGAGCCUUGUACGAUUCUUGUGUUGAUAACAUGCAAGAUCCGAACAUGUUUAUUAUAUUUACUCAAGAGCAAGCCUAUCCUGAAUAUAUCAUUAGGUUCACAUGAUCCAUUGACAACCUAAACAAGAAUGUGCCAGAAGUGCGUUAGAAUUGCAACUACAGUAUACUGAAAAAUAAGGUCGAUUGCUGGAUUGGACUUGUGGGAAUCAGUGUUAUUACUCCAAAGCGUGGCAAUUCGACAUGUUACAUUUGGCAUACAGAUAGUCAUCGUGACUGUGACAACAUUUUGAAUAUCUGAAUUAAAAUGACGACAUGUGCCAUCCAUUCAUAGGAUGAUAUAAAGAUGGCGCUCUGGUAGAAUCAAACUGCUUUUCUGCUUUGUUAUCCCUCCCAAUCUAGUUUGGCAGGAAUAAAGAGGAGCUGUCCGUCCGUUUGUUCGUCAGUGCAUUCUGCCCAUGCAUCCUAUCGUUCGUUCGUCUGCCUUGGCGAUAUAUCGAAUACCGGUAGAAGGAUUUUGUGCAAAUGUUACAGGUUGCAGGGGCGUAUAUGUAGCCAGGUUUCAGUCAGGGGGUGCGAUUGUGGCAUAAACAAGCCAAAAAAUUGAGAUUUAUCUUGCAUUUUACAAAAAUU